AUGUACGCGGGGUUGGCGGGAUUGGAGGGGCUGGGGGGGCUGACGGGGAGCACGUACGCGGGGAUGCUGGCCACGGGCUCGGAACACGGCGGGGGGGGCGGCGGAGCUGGGGGGAACAAGGCGCAGAACGCGGCGGCCAUGAGAGCGAUGCAAGCAGCCAAGCUCCGAGCCUCCAAGACAGCCUUGGAACGACACGACGUGGAGAUCAUAGGCUCGGGACCGGAGCUGCUGAUCUUCUCACACGGCUUCGGGUUCAACAAGAACGUGUGGAGCGGCGUGAUCAAGGCACUGGACAAGACGCGAUAUAAGAUUGUUCUCUACAACGUCACAGGCGCUCUGGGCACGGACUAUGACGCAUUUGACUACCAGCGCUACAGCACACUGCACGGAUUCACGGACGACCUGCUGCUGCUGCUGCACGAGCUGGGCGUCGAGGGGAGGGAGCGGGGGCAGCAGUGCACAGUGGUGGGCCAGCAGCAGGCGGGCAUGGUGGCGCUGCUGGCGUCUUUGGAGCGCCCCACUCUCUUCAAGCGCAUCGUGCUGCUCAGCUCCUCGCCUCGGCUACUGGGAGCAGAGGGGUACGAGGGGAGCUACGCACUAGAGGAUCUGGAUCAAGUGUUCGGCAUCAUGCAGGGCAACUUCAAGCUGUGGGUGCACAACUGUGUGCCGGUGCUGACAGCAGACGACAUCAAGGCGGGGCACGUGAAAGAGGUUGUGGACUCAUUCUAA